CUGCCCAGUGCAACUUUCUGUACUGGGUGCAUGUCUCAGACUCUGUUCCUACUGUGUGUUUGACCCAUGCACAGUGCUACUUCUCUAUACUGGUCGCAGCUCUCGGUGUCUGUUCCUGUUCUGUAGACCUCCACCCUCACUCAGGGUCUGGAGCGGAUCCCAGACCAGAUGGGGUACUUGGUGAUGAGCGAUGACGGCGUGCUGGCGAGCGCCGGGGAUCUAGAGAACGACGAGAGACUGGCUGGUGUAAUUAGAGAGAUGGUAAUCACCGCCUGUAGCUUCCACGGGUUGGGGCAACAAAUACCAUUCAAGCGUAUGAGCAUUGUGUUUGGGGAACACUCCUUUCUCGUCACCAUCUCCGGGCAGAAGAUCUACGUGGUGAAACGUCACAACAUUGUCCGGGAACCGAUAAAUGUUUAGCUGCUUGUGUGACUACAACCACCUUCCCUACUGAUGGUCCCAUCUACUACUAGAAACUAUCCAGCAUUAGGACUUGGCUCCCUUGGAGGGAAAGAUCGGUUCAUUUUCAAUUCUUUUGUUCGUAUUUAAGUAUUUUUGGAAAUAAAUGUUUGUUCAGAACGCUAGUGUGUAAGCCCAAUUAUAGAUCUGUCCUUGUGUGACUAUAACUUACCAUCAAAUGGCGAUUAAAUUAUCUUACAAUUCUG